AUGGAUUUUGAAAAAUAUAUUUCUGACUUUCUCAAUGACACGGCUCUUCACGAAUGGUCCCCUGUGAGCUGUCUUCGCUAUCUGGAAAGUCGUGUACUAUUCUCGUCCGAUAGCAAAAAUGAUAUCAUUGAUGCAUUCAAACGAACACUUGAGAAGAGUAGCAAAUCCUCUGUCAUGUAUGCAAACGCGAAGGCAAAAGCCAUUAAAUUAUCCAAGAACGCCGAAGAAAUUUUUCGAAGAAAAGAAGUUCUUGACUUUUUUAGUGAAAUUGACCGAAAGUGGGAAAUUAGACACAAUAGUCGGGAAAUCACUAGAAAUGUCGAUAUGGCAAAGGUUGCGAUUUCGAAGACGGCAACUACAAAUCUAAUGGACACACUAGAAACUGAGUGCAGAGUAAAGACAAAAAGACCUCGGAAUCAAAUUGGAACGCCCAACCAACAGAUGUACAGUGAUAUUGAUGAUGAAGAGCAUAGGCGUGUUUAUAAAAAGUGGGUAGUUCGUGAUGUGAACAUUCACUAUAUCCUUAAAGAAUAUCAACAAGACAUGCUGAAGAAAGCUGACCUGUCAGGAGUUGAGUCUAGAAUUGCCCUAUCCAGUAUUGUUGAUUUGACUGAUGAUAGUGGAUUCAAGACUAGAGUUAAAGAAGAUGUGUGGCACGAUCUGUUGCAAGAUGUUGAGAUUUUGGUGCCUUCAACAUUUUCAUCAUGCAUGUUUGGAGAUGCCAGCCACAGCAAUGGAAAGCAUAUUGCUCAAAAUUGGCAGAAUUGUGUAGCAGAUGAUGUCAUCACAACAAAACUGCAAAGAUUGUAUGGACACUUUAUUUGGCAUUUUGCACAGCAUCUAUCAGCACAUGCUAAGCAAUCAGAAAUGAAGCAUCUUAUAGACAAUGUUGCACCUACAAUCACAAUCCUUCUUGAAAAUUAUGGAAUCUGGUUUGAAUGGGAUUCAAAACGUGGUUCCACAAAUCGCCGACCUGAUAUGAGUAUUAUUGUCAAGGAAGUAGAGAAAACAACAUGUGUCACAGGUGAAGUUGCAAGACGAGUAGAAGCCACAGCUGCAAAAGUGGCAUUUGACAAGCGACGCAUAGUCAUGAAAAUAAAACGACUUUUAGAUCAGUUGCGAACCUGCGCCUAUAAACAUGGACAAGCAGAAAUAAGAUCAAAAUUGCAUGUUUUUGGGUUGCAAGUCAUUGGAUAUGAAAUCAAAUUAUAUAAAUUGGAUGCAAAAGGGCCAAUGUUACGAUAUUUACUUACUUUUGCAGAGCAUUUAAAGGUCCUAGUAAGGAUUAUUCAUAAUAUUUCCAAUUCAGAAUCAGUUGGUUUAAAUCCUAAUUUUAGUUCUAAUAUUAAUCUGCCCUUGUUUUCAACACCAAAGAAUAAGAAGUAA